GUUGUCUUCUAUGGCCUAACUUGUAGAUGGUGAUUUAAAGGUAAACAGGAGCAGAUAAAGAAACCAUUCAACUACUGGUUACGGAGACAUCAUGAAGUUUCUACUUCUCUCAACUAUCUGUGUCUUAGCUGCUUUUUCCUCCACCUUCCAACCGGCUCUGUCGGCUAUUUGUGUGGAACUAUGUAGCCCCAGUCCCCUGCUACAGGCCGCUGGGUACAACCCGUGCCCCGAGGGUCAGGAGUGUCGGUCAAACGGCUGUGGACACACGUGCCAGACAGUGACUGCUGGAAAACGAAAGUCGGUGGGGUGUAACCUCGUCUGUCCCAUUGGCUCUCAAUUUCUUUCCCCCUGCUCGUGUACACCUAACUUAUUGGAGGGUCUUUUACUUACAGGUUAAUGGAAAGUCAAACUAAUCAAAUCAAAUAAACAUUUGACUGCUGAA